CAUCCUUCAAGCACUGAGUAGUAGAAAAAUAAUCUAGAAGUAAAUCAAUUAUGCCAAUAACAAGAGUGAUUAUUCUAGCCUUCUUCUCCCACGACGUAGGCUAUCGGAAAACCGCGAGCUGAGCGACAGUUUCAGUAGUGGCAGUGCGUUCUUGGGCGACUGGGCGACCGGGUGACAAACGACCCACGAGUUCUGCGAGCCACGCACAGCAACAAAUCAGACCUUAAGCGGCAGUGCACUCGCGGCGGCGGCGCAUGACCUUGAAGCGAAUUCGGUACCGCCGGUUUUGAGCGACGGCGAGGGUUUCCCCGGACUGUUCUAGCUCCUCCCUGACGACUUGCGUUUUCCACUGCGGUGGCGAUCUACUCCACGUUCAGCGGAAGCCACGACGCAAUUGACUCCUGAAGGUGACUACCCAAGAAGCUGCGGCAAUUUUUUUGCAUCAACCCAACUCACGACGCCGUGAAUAGCAUCGAAGACCACCCUCUAAGGACUCCAAAUCGCUAGUUUUGUGACCCAUGCUCCGAAUAGCCUCUAAUCGGAUUAACCGUAGUCAACAGAAGUAAGAUCUGUGAAGUCGUACCCAUUCGAACAAAAACCAGCAAUGUGCCGAGCUUUUUCGGUUUGAACUAAUCAAGUUAAGGUUUAAGGUCAACAUUGGGUGAAAACUAGUUGGAAUUGAUAGAACAACUUCGAAGCGCCGUAGGACGUGUUAUGAGCCUUGUGACUAAUUCUCUGGCUCAUUCAUCGAGCAGUGACGAUUUUGCUGCAUUUCUUGAUGUAGCUCUGGAUUCUCAUUCCUCUGACUCAUCGCCGAAUGAAAAGGCUGAGGGUCAUAAUAAUGUUGAAACUGAGAGGAUAAAACGUCACAAGGUGGAGAAGCUGGAAAACUCAGGGGAGGAUAUUCUGUAUGGAGUUGAAGAGCAUAGUUCAGAAGUAUUAUCAAAGCAGCAAUUAUGCAGUCAUCCUGGUUCGUUUGGAAACAUGUGUAUCAUCUGUGGGCAGAGGUUGGAUGAGGAAUCUGGCGUGACAUUUGGGUAUAUACAUAAGGGACUCAGGCUUAAUAAUGAUGAAAUUAACCGGCUUCGUAACAUAGACAUGAAGAACUUGUUGCAGCAUAAAAAGCUUAUCCUGGUUCUUGAUCUAGAUCACACACUGUUAAAUUCAACUCAGCUGGGGCAUUUGACACCUGAAGAGGAUUAUUUAAGGAAUCAAACGGAUUCGCUAGAAGAUGUCACGAAAGGCAGCCUUUUCCUUUUGCAUUCCGUGCAUACCAUGACAAAAUUGAGGCCAUUUGUCCAUACAUUUUUGAAAGAAGCUAGUCAAUUAUUUGAGAUGUAUAUAUACACUAUGGGGGAACGAGCAUAUGCAUAUGAAAUGGCAAAGUUGUUGGACCCCAAGAGGGAGUAUUUUAGUUCUAAAGUUAUUUCUCGGGAUGAUGGCACUCAAAAACAUCAAAAGGGUCUUGAUGUGGUGCUGGGUCAUGAAAGUGCUGUUCUGAUCCUCGAUGAUACUGAAAAUGCCUGGACAAAGCAUAAAGAAAACUUGAUAUUGAUGGAGAGAUAUCAUUUUUUUGCUUCAAGUUGUCACCAAUUUGGGUUCAACUGUAAAUCUCUAUCUGAGUUGAAGAGUGACGAGAGUGAAACUGAUGGGGCACUGGCGACCAUUCUCAAAGUUCUCAAGCAAGUUCAUAAUAUAUUCUUUAAUGAACUCUCUGAAGAUUUGGUCGACAGAGAUGUGAGGCAGGUAUUAAAGACUGUUCGGAGCAAAGUCCUGGAGGGAUGCAAGGUUGUCUUCAGCCGAGUGUUUCCUACCAAAUUUCAGGCUGACAACCAUCACCUCUGGAAAAUGGUUGAGCAGUUGGGAGGCACAUGCUCAACUGAACUCGACGCAUCUGUGACACAUAUAGUCUCAACAGAUGCUGGAAUGGAGAAGUCGCGUUGGGCGGUGAAGGAGCAGAAGUUUCUGGUUCAUCCACAGUGGAUAGAAGCAUCAAACUACUUCUGGAAACGAGAAGCGGAGGAAAAGUUCCUGGUCGAGCACACCAAGAAACAAUGACAGUUUCUCUCGUUGCAGGAGUCCCACAUUCCUCUUAAUUGGAGCUUGCAUUUGUUGGCUGUGCUGGUAGUGUUCCCUUGAAUUCACCUUCUCAGGUCAGCGUCUCACUUUUUAAAGCACCCCCCUAAAAUGCACUUAAAGCGUUGAUUGAAAGCCGAGCUCUGUUUGUAUAGAUGUUUAGAUACAUGGUGUUCUAAUUUUGGCCAACCAUUUUGAGUUGGUUUAUAAUUAUAGGAUAAAAUUUAUGAGCUAAA